CCCGCGGCCUCCUUCCCCGCCGGCCGCGCUCGGGAGCCGCCGGGCCGAGGCGGAGCGAGGGGCCGGGUGAGGCGAGGGCCGGGCGGCGGGCGCCGGGCCCCGCGGCCGGCACGACGGAGCCCCUGCACGGCCGGCGGCAGCGGUUGGCGGCGGCCCCGGGCCCCAGGCGCGGGAAGCGGCGGCGGCGGGGCGGCGGCGGCAGCGGCGACAUGGAGCCGCGGGAGGUGAAGGAUCGGAUCCUGGAGAACAUCUCGUUGUCGGUGAAGAAGUUGCAGAGCUACUUUGCUGCGUGUGAAGAUGAGACCCCCGCCAUCCGGAACCAUGAUAAGGUCCUACAGCGUCUGUGUGAGCACUUGGACCACGCCCUGCUGUACGGACUGCAGGACCUCUCAUCUGGCUACUGGGUGCUCGUGGUGCAUUUCACCCGGAGAGAGGCCAUCAAGCAGAUCGAGGUGCUGCAGCAUGUGGCCACCAACCUGGGGCGCAGCCGUGCCUGGCUGUACCUGGCCCUGAACGAGAACUCCCUGGAGAGCUACCUGCGGCUGUUCCAGGAGAACCUGGGUCUGCUGCAUAAGUACUACGUCAAGAAUGCCCUGGUCUGCAGCCAUGACCACCUGACUCUCUUCCUGACCUUGGUGUCUGGGCUGGAGUUCAUUCGAUUCGACCUGGAUCUGGACGCCCCUUAUUUAGACUUGGCCCCCUACAUGCCUGACUACUACAAACCUCAGUACCUGCUGGACUUUGAAGACCGCCUUCCCAGCUCAGUCCAUGGCUCGGACAGCCUGUCCCUCAACUCCUUCAACUCCGUCACCUCCACCAACCUGGAGUGGGACGACAGUGCAAUUGCCCCAUCUAGUGAGGAUUAUGAUUUUGGAGAUGUGUUUCCAGCAGUGCCGUCUGUACCCAGCACAGACUGGGAAGAUGGAGACCUCACAGACACUGUCAGUGGCCCCCGCUCCACUGCCUCAGACCUGACCAGCAGCAAAGCUUCCACCAAGAGUCCCACCCAGCGCCACAACCCCUUCAAUGAGGACCAGGCAGAGACUGUGUCCUCCUCUGACACCACCCCCGUGCACAGCGCCUCUCAGGAGAAGGCGGAGUCUCACACCCCGGACCUGCCAGAUGCCUGCACAGAGCUCGAAGUCAUCAGGGUCACCAAGAAAAAGAAAACUGGCAAGAAGAAGAAGGCCAGAUCGGAUGAGGAAGCAAGUCCACUUCACCCAGCCUCUACCCAGCCCACCGGUGCCAGGAGGGGGCAUGGUGACAGCUGUGUCAGCAGCCCAGGCCUUGGGCAGGGCUCACCAGACACCACCUUUGCUCCUCCCCAGGGGGAGGGGGAGGAGCCCAGCAGCAUAGCUGAGAGCAGCGAGCGCUCAGAGCCCAGCCAGGUGGGCCUGCUCAUCCCUGAAAUGAAGGACACCUCCAUGGAGCGCUUGGGACAGCCCCUGAGUAAGGUCAUCGACCAGCUCAACGGGCAGCUGGACCCUCGCACCUGGUGCUCGCACAUGGAGCCUCCAGACCAGUCCUUUCGGACCGGCUCUCCGGGGGAUACCCCGGAGAGGCCACCAUCUUGUGACUUUAGUGAGGGGCUUCCAGCCCCAAUGGACUUCUACCGCUUUACCGUCGAGAGUCCAAGCGCUGUUACAUCAGGUGGCAGCAACCAUGACCCUGCAGGGCCUUGCCAACCGCUGCAUGUUCCUGGUAGCCCUGCGGCUGCUGGCCAAGAAGAAGAGGGAGGAGGAGGAGGAGAGGGACAGGCCCCUCGGCCCCUAGGGGACACCCCGGGGGAGGCCCAGGAGCCAGAGACCCAGGAACUGGACACCCCGUUGCCCCUGGUCAGUGAGAGGCCUGUACCUGAGCCAGAGCCGAGGACCCAGGAGGCGCUCUGCCAGCUCAAGCGAGACCAGCCCAGCCCGUGUCUGAGCAGCGCCGAGGACUCGGGGGUGGAUGAGGGGCAGGGGAGCCCUUCUGAGAUGACCCACUCGGCGGAGUUCAGAGUAGACAACAAUCACUUACUCCUGCUGAUGAUCCAUGUGUUUCGAGAAAACGAGGAGCAGCUCUUCAGAAUGAUUCGGAUGAGCACGGGCCACAUGGAGGGGACACUGCAGCUGCUGUACGUGCUGCUCACAGACUGUUACGUCUACCUGCUCCGGAAAGGGGCCACGGAGAAGCCGUACCUGGUGGAAGAGGCUGUUUCUUACAAUGAACUGGACUACGUGUCGGUGGGCCUGGACCAGCAGACAGUGAAGCUGGUAUGCACCAACCGCAGGAAGCAGUUUCUGCUGGACACAGCUGACGUGGCCCUCGCUGAGUUCUUCUUGACUUCCUUGAAGUCAGCCAUGAUCAAAGGCUGUCGGGAACCACCCUACCCCAGCAUCCUGACUGAUGCCACCAUGGAGAAGCUGGCACUGGCCAAGUUCGUGGCCCAGGAAUCUAAGUGUGAGGCGACCUCUGUUACUGUGCGCUUCUACGGGCUUGUGCAUUGGGAGGACCCCAUGGACGAGUCCCUGGGCCCUGUCCCCUGCCACUGCUCACCCCCAGAGGGUGCCAUCACCAAAGAAGGCAUGCUGCAUUACAAGGCGGGCACCUCGUACCUGGGCAAGGAGCACUGGAAGACUUGCUUUGUGGUGCUCAGCAAUGGGAUCCUCUACCAGUAUCCUGACCGCACCGAUGUCAUCCCCCUGCUCUCGGUGAACAUGGGGGGGGAGCAGUGCGGUGGCUGUCGGAGGUCCAACACCACGGAUCGGCCCCACGCCUUCCAGGUCAUCCUUGCCGACCGGCCCUGCCUGGAGCUGAGCGCCAAUAACGAGGCUGAGAUGGCCGACUGGAUGCAACACCUCUGCCAGGCUGUGUCCAAAGGGGUCAUCCCCCAGGGGGUAACUCCCAGCCCCUGCAUCCCCUGCUGCCUGGUGAUCACCGACGACCGCCUCUUCACAUGCCAUGAAGACUGCCAGACCAGCUUCUUUCGCUCCCUGGGCACAGCCGAGCUGGCCAACAUCAGUGCCGUUUCCACGGAACCGGGCAGGGAGUACUGUGUCUUGGAGUUCUCCCAGGACAGCCAGCAGCCCCUGCCUCCCUGGGUCAUCUACCUGAGCUGCACCUCCGAACUGGACCGGUUCCUGUCUGCACUGAACUCGGGGUGGAAAACCAUCUACCAGGUGGACCUCCCCCACAAGGCCAUCCAGGAAGCCUCCAGCCAGAAGUUUGAGGACGCCCUGAGCCUCAUCCACAGCAUCUGGCAGCGCAGCGAUAGCCUCUGCCGAGGCAGAGCCUCCCGGGACCCCUGGUGCUGAGGCGGUGCCAGCUGCCAUCCUGGUGGGGCAGGAAAGGGAGGCACGCCGAGCAGCACGCACUGUCAUCGCUGUGUCAUUGUGCAGCUCGGGGCUAGGCUUCCACCCCCUGCCGCAGCCCGUCCCGCCCCAGGCGCUGAACCACCAAGUGGGGCUUGAGACAGAGUCUGUCCCCUCCCAGGGAUCCAGGAUGGGUGCUCAACACCCCUGGGCAUCCUGCCGGCAGGUGGACACUGGAAAGCACGGGGGGCAGAGGGUCCGAGCCCUAUGGGCUCUGUAGUUGCACAGCCUCCUCCCCGGGGCCACUGCCUCAGUCCACGCCAGCUCUUCAAGAGGGCGAUGAGAACAGGAGGCCUCUGCGGGGAGCAGAAGGACUGGGAGGGCCUGAGUCCCUUCUUCCUCUCCUGGGCCAGGGGCCCGGGCAGAGGCUCAGGCCGCCCUGGG